AUGGUAACCAGUAACAGAGUUCAAUCUCGACACGAAGGCUCCCAUCAUAAAAUCAAUAUCAAAUAUGGUAAUCUUUUGCUUUGCUUGACUGUUGUGUUUGCUUUGCUCAUAUACUGUUGGCGUCGUUUUAUAGCUCCAAGGCUGUGGAGAUCAAAAGGAUAUCCUCCAGAGAUUAAAUCUUUAAGAACCAGAAAAGCUCAACUUUUUUGGCUGACGGCAUGCUGGAGUGGAAUUAUUUUAGGGUUAGCGUUUUUCCAUAUCAAUCUACCAAGUGAAUAUGUUACUCUAGGAAAACGGUUUGGUCGGUUGGCUUAUGCAUUGGUACCAUUGGAUAUACUUUUAGUAAUCAGACCUGGUUUUCUAGGUAACUAUCUUGAUUUGGUAGGAUUGCACAAAUGGAUCUCUCGGAUUAUUUUUGCCUGUUUGACAGAACAUGCUCUUGCCUAUUACUACAAGUGGUGGAAGGCUGGAGACGUGAUCAAAAAGUCAUUCCAUGUUUCAAACUUAUUGGGGGUGAUUGUGUUUUGGGUGUUUGUUGGCUUGAUAAUAAUCUCCCUCAAGUUCUUCAGAAACAAAUGUUAUGGCCUAUUUUAUAUUUACCACAAUGUUGCCUUGGUACUUAUGGUUGUAUUGAUUCCCUUCCAUGCCAGACCAGGAGUCACUGUUUUUGCAAUAAUAUCCGUCAUAUUACUAGGGGUUCAACUUUAUUAUAAGGUGGCAUAUCUGAGUUCUGUAAUAUUAGAGGUUGUCCAGGGGAGAGCGGGAAGCAAGCUUCAAGUGGUGAAAUUCGUGAAACCCAACUCCCUUGAUGUUUCUUGGUUACCCGGUUCACAUAUUCGUCUUAAUGGGCUUCUGUUUAAGGAAUACUUACUUCCUUCGCAUCCGUAUACUAUUUCGUCUCCGCACAGUGAGAGCUCAGUGAGUCUCAUAAUUCAAAAGUCUAGAUUUAUACCUGUUAGUGAGUGCUAUUAUGUUGUUAGUGGCCCCUUUGAAUCUUCAAUACCCGAAGGGUUUUAUGAGAAUGCCGAUCAAAAGACCAUUUUAAUCAUUUGUGGAGGCUCUGGAAUAUCGUUUGGUUUGCCUGUGCACCAAAAUCUACAAUCAUUAGGUGUCAAUUCCAGAUUAGUAUGGGUAAUUAGAUCUAAAGCGGAUUUGUAUAUAUUGGAUCAUUUCUCCCAAAUGGAAAACGUUGAUGUUUAUGUGACAGGGAUAUCCGAAGAUAUGUUUACGUCCUCACCAAAUGGCGAAGAUCGCUUUGAAGUUGAAGAACUUCUAGAUGAAGAAAAUGGAAUUCAAUUAGAGACCAUGGAAGAAGUGGAAGAUAGCCAAGAUCCGUACAACGAUAAAAACCCAAGCUAUAGACAACAUAGAGGUAGACCACAACUAGAUGACAUUGGAUUUGGCUUGGAAUCAGAGGUGAAUCCCUGGGUCAUAGCCUGUGGUCCUAAGGAUUUAGUAAAUGAAAGUGAAAAAUGGUGUAGUUCAAAAGGUAUCCAUUUCCUUUCAGAAACAUACCAGUUCUAA